AUGGCCAGCCUGAGGCCCAGCCGACCCACCUGCAUCAGGGCAGCGUUCAGUGCAGCUGGCUUCCGGAAGUGGCAGAGACAUGCUCGCCAUCGCCUUCAGGUCAACUCCAGAAGGAACCUCAUGGACUUUGCUGAAGGCAUCUGGAGAGAGUUUUUAGAUCCUUAUGAUGGUGACUCAGAAGAUACCCCAGGUCAUUCCACCUACCGCAACUCCCGCCAGCGUGCCUACCGCCUCCUGGGUGACAGGAACCGCAAUGCACCUGCCUACACACUGAGGUUCAAGAUUGGUGAGGAGGCCAGUGUGGAAGACUCGCUCCCGCCAAAGGCUCCAGACCUCACCAUGAAAACUUCUGGCUGGACCCCUAUAUCCCUGGAAGUCAAUGAUGUCGACAUGCAGCCCGAGGGGGAACUAAAGGCACUCAGCCCCCAGGAAGUCAGUGGGUGGUCUGCCAGGCUGUCUCCAUCACCAGAGGACUGGAGGAUGGCAAGGGCUGCCAGCCCCCUCAAUCCUGUGGAGACCCCAGAGAUGAGCAGACACCUGCCCAGCAGAGCCAGAGCAACACGGCCGCCUCCCAGACUUGGGGGUGAGAGAGACAAGGGGCCCAGACUGUUGCUGUCCAAGAGGAAACUGGAGCUUUUACUAUCAGAGCCUGACAGAACCAAGAGAAAGAAGAAGUAUGUGGCUUGGCCCAGGGGCCCGGGUUAG